AUGCGUAUUCCGGGCCAGUCAAUGGCAAUGGUGAUGGUCCUUGGAGUUGUUCUCAAAGCCCUCCUGGCAGCUAAGCCAGGGGAUGAGCUGACCGUCUUUGUUGCUCUCAGUGCUGGACUUGACCAGGUGAUACAGCAAAAUGAUCAAGUCAAGCAGAAGCUUACCAUCUGGUUUCCCUGCAAGCAAUUCAAGGAUCAUCAUCGUAAAUUUUGUGCCCAGUUGUUUCUUGAGCCUAGCCUACAAGCUUUUUCUAGUGUUCUUAUGGAUGCACCUAACGGUGUCAAUGACCGCCUUGGGCGUAGGGUCUUGGAUAACCUUCUAACCAAUAAUGUCAAAGACAUAAAAGAUAAUCUUCCCAAAGGCUACAUUGGCGAUGACGGCUCACAGAAUGCAGCUGCAGUCUCUGUUGCACUGAAGGAAGCUGAAAAGAAUGCUCAAAGCACUUUCCAAAAAUUGAUCCUCCAUCAUGUUUUACCCAGCAAAGGAGUCAAUGCAGACUCUAUCCAACCAAACCUCAGGGAUUUCUGUGGGCAUAGACUUGCAUCCGUUUGUGUCUAUUCAAAACCUGCAAAGGAUUUCAAGAGUUCUCAAUGGUCAAUUAUUGAUGAGAGCCUUCUGGCAAUCAAGAAUUCCAACUCAAUUGGGCUUGAAGAAGCGACCAUGCAAUAUUCAAUGGAACUCGUACUUAUGCAGUUAUUGACAGACUGUUCGCCUGCUUUGGUUCUUCCUACUUCAAAGGAGGUGUUUGCAGAAGUGAAUGCUCCCUCUAAAGUUCCUGAAUGUCACAAGUCUCAAGUGAAAUGA